CCACCUGGUGAUCAAGGGCGCCACGCUGGAGGACGACGGCGAGUACCAGUGCCAAGUGGGACCAACCGACACCACGCCCCCCAUCUGGGCGGCUGCUAACCUGACAGUGAUGGUGUCGCCGUCGAGCAUUAGCAUCGCGGGCGUGGGUGACGGGGGCGUGGUGGAGGUGGAGGCGGGGCACACGCUGCGUCUGGAGUGCCUGGUGAAGGGCGCGCGGCCCCCCGCCUCCGUCACCUGGUACAGGGACGCCAUCACCCUCAGCAAGCUGCACCGAGAAGAGGUGAUAUCGUCAAAGGAGCCCCUGCGGUGGGACGUGCGGAGCCGCCUGGUGGUGCGGGUGGCGGCUGAGGACGACGGCCAGGAGUACUCCUGCCGUGCCCUCCACCCCGCCUUGCAACACUCCCCCACCACCCUCGUCGCCUCCCUCACCCUCGCCGUCCUGCACGCCCCCGGGCCGCCAGUUAUCACCGGCUACAAAACAGGAGACGUACUGGCCGUGGGCGACAGAAAAACGCUCGUAUGCCAGGUGACGGGGGGUCGCCCCCGCCCCUGGGUCACAUGGUACAGACACGGGCGGCCGCUGACCCACGCCCCGGCCGCCCCCCAGCCCACCAAGGCGCCGCUGCACAUCGGCCUACCCACCACGGUCACCAGCACCACAAGCGCCACCGCCCGCGAGAGGACCGUGAGGGUGGAGCAACUGGUGACGGCGGCCAGGGAGGAGGACGAGGCUGUGUACGAGUGUCGGGUGUCCAGCGACCUCCUGCCCCGCCCCCUCACUGCCAACGUUACCCUCACCGUGCACUACCCUCCCGAGGACGUGUCUGUGACUGGGCCGACGGUGGUGGCGGCGGGCCAGCUGUUCACCCUCACCUGCCGCUCCUCCCCUGCCAACCCCCCUCCCACGCUCACCUGGCGUCUGCAAGGUACCCGCAUAGCAUCAGGAGCGUCAGUGGUGAGCGAGGGGGCGGGCGGGGGAUGGGUGACCUCUGCCCAGCUUACCCACCAUAUGCCAAAGACCCCCGACACCACCCAGGCCACGGCGCAGUGCCUCGCCACGCACCCGCUCUCCACCAGACUCCUCACACAGACCCAUGUCAUCACGGUCAUCAAGCGUCCCGGGUGGCCAGUGGUGGAGGUGGCGGGCGAGGACUUGGUGCAAGAGGGCGGCACGCAGCUCACUGUCACCUGCACCUCGCAAGGCGGCAACCCUCCCCCGGCCCUCACGCUGUACAAGGCGGGACAGAAAGUGGCGCCGGUAGAAAAUGAGAGCAAAGAUGGCGUGACUCGGGUUCGAGCCCUCCUGCAGGUCACGAGGGUGGACAACGGGAAGCAGGUUACGUGUAAGGUCACCAACCCCGCCACGACCACGCCCAUGACCUCCCAAGCCACCCUCAGCCUUCGCUUUCCCCCGACGGAGGUAUCGGCGUGGGCCACCCCGAACAGCGUGGAGUCUGGACAAGUGGCCACACUCACCUGCCAGUCCUCGUCCAGUGUGCCGCCCUCUACCCUCGUCUGGCACUCCUCCGGCUCCCCGCUGGUAGAGACAACACACUCGCAGUCUCAGGGCCUCUACGGCGGCACUGUGUCCAUGUCAGAGGUGCAGGUGAGGGUGACACCUGAGGACCACGGUCGUGUGUUCACCUGUGAGGCCAACAACGGACUGGGCGCCAUCGUCAACACGAGUCUGACUCUGGACGUGAUCCACGGGCCGGUGUGGGUGUGGGCGCCGGAGGGGCAGGUGGACGUGACGGAGGGAGAGGACCUGAUCAUCACGGUGCUCGCCACUGCCCACCCGGGGCCCGUGAGGUACAGCUGGUGGAGGGGCCCCGAGGCGCUGCAGGGCGAGGGGCCGGACGACGAGGGAGGCCAACUGAGGCUGCCUCGCACCUCCCGCCGACUCUCGGGGAACUACACGGUCAUUGCCACCACCGCCCAUGCCGCCAUCAACUCGUCCUUCUUCAUCAACGUGCAAUACGGCCCCGAGGAUCUGCUGGCGGCGAAGCGCGUCACGGUGGACGAAGACAGUGCCGCCACCGUGCUGUGCUCUGCCACCGGGAACCCGCCGCCCAACAUAACCUGGACCCGGCACGCCGUAGACAGCAGACCGGAAACUAUUUUGGCGACAGGGCUGCGAGAGGCGCGUUUGGUGCUGGAGUGGGCCCGGCAGGAGGACACGGGCCUAUACCUCUGCUACGCCUCCAACCUCAUCGCCUCGCCGACCCCCAUCACCACCGCCAUUGUGGUAACACAGGCUCCAGAGGCCGUAUCCAGCGGCACACACUUCGACGAGGCGGAGAGGAGAUUCUUUGCGCCCAUAAGAGGCAAGGGACUGCUGGAGUGCCGCGUGAGAGCAGCACCGUCGCCCACUUUCACCUGGACGGCUGGCGACAAGGAAAUAUUCUCCGACGGCAGGAAAUACAUCAUCCACGUUCCACAGCUGGUGGAUGAGGUAACGGAGUGGUCUUCGGUGCUGGAGGUGAAGAGCAUCACUGUGAGGGACUACGUGAACUACACUUGCGCCGCCCACAACUCACAGGGCUCGAACGCCGUCUCCUUCACCCUCACGCCGCCCAUCCUGCCCACCGUGCCCAACAACUUCAAUGUGAGCGUACAGUCAGCGAGCUCCGUCGUUGCUACCUGGAGCAGCAACCCUUCGGGGGCCCUGGCAGACGGGUUCCUUCUUCAGUACUACCCGACGGAGGGCGGCAGUAAGGAGGUGAGCGUCACAACUCUUCUGGUGUGUUGGAGCAUUAAACAUGCGGUGAAUAUAAUCUUCAUACCUUUUGAACAGUCCAACGGUGCCAACAGUGUCUGCCUCCAAGUUUCUGUAGCCGAGGGUGCUAAGCAAUGGCCGUUAUUAUCGCCGCCACAGCUGUUGGACGUCUCGGGGAACAACACGACGCGGACCAUCGUGACGGGCCUCACGCCGGGGGCUGAGUACUCCUUCGCCAUCCAGGCGUACAACGACCGGGGCCACUCCAACCACAGCUCCCCGCCCGUCAGGAUCACUAUCCUUGGAGGGGUGGAGGAGGCGGCGGUGGGCAGCAGCGUGAGCGGCCGGCAGCCCCGAGUGUCGCGCCUCAUCAUGCUCCUCAUCUGCCUCACCGCCACGGCGCUCUUCGUCCUCAACAUCUCCAUCAUCGUCUGCUUCCUGAAACGUCGAGCGAUGAAAAGGAACGUUUCCGCUUCGUCGAGCAAGACCACGGCUCUGGAGGUGUACACGCCCACAUCUGGAACGUUGCCUCAGGGCGACGAGUUUCCCCUUACGUCUCUGAACGAUGGUCCGCCGCCGGAGUACCAGUCCAUUGAGAGUCAGACGCGGGUGGAGGAGAGCGAGCACGCCUGCCUCAUCACCCCGCACACCGCCUCUAACACGCCGGAGCCUCUGCCUCCCUUCUCCGGCGCUUCCUCCAGGUCACGGAGCUCCAGUCCCUUGCUGAACGGAGGCGUGAGUGGCAAAAGUGAAAUAUUCCUCUUAGAAAACGAUAAGCUUACCCCCGAAGAGAGCAUUACAAUCGUCACCUCCGGCAGCCCCCAAAGAAAGGAGUACGAGGCGUUCAAGGACACAAGGCACAUGAUACAUGCCUCAAACAACCCUGACGUGUGUCCCACAACAUCGGACAGCUGUGAACCUUUACUGGAGCCGCAGAAGCCUUACCAUCCUUACGAGGAUGACAGAGUCUCAGUGGCCUCGUCACACCAGAGCACAGAGUCCUACGCCUGCCCCCAGAGGCACCACAACGUCGGCCCCGUGUACCAGGCGCAAAGGCAACCGACACAGGUCAUAUAUCACGGCCAGCCCCACCUGCAGCAGCAGCUGGAGGAGGAGCAGCAGCUGUACCAGAAGAUGUCUCCUUGCUACCACCUGCCCGCUCAGUCCCCCAAGUACAACCAGCCGCACAAACUGCCAGUGAUGCGGCCCAACUUCAAUCCCUCUGUUCACAUAGAGACUCUCAGCUACUGUGAGGACAACUGUGAACAGAUGCAAGACGCAGGAGCGGCAGGAGCAUACGCAGCAGGUCAGCCUCGCAGGAGCUGCCUUAAGCCGUCACAGUACAGCGCCCUGCAGCGCUCCCAUUCCGUGCACAGCUACUCGUACAGCAGUCUGCAGUGCGUCCACCACCACCAUCACCCCGCCGUGGACCAGUGCUGCAGCAGCGGCUUCUGCAGCAACCCUCAGCUCAACGCCCCGGUGUGUGGCACGGCCAAAGAGUAUCCUCCCUAUUACUCCAAGCCGAGAACCAGCGUACCGAACUGCACCAGACACAACAGCAUCAGCGGCUGCAGCGGCUACAGGAGUCCACUACAAGCGGAGAGAGAUCGCAGCCCUAUACCUCCCGACCUCUGUAAGAUGACUCCCUCUAGCACGAAGCGGGUGGGCUGGAAGGAAGUUCUGCACGAGGGUUCAGAGUCAGCAAUGAGAGGCUCCACCGACACUUCCACCUCCUCCACCACCUCCACCGUUACCCUGGGGCCAAAGCAUCCCUCAAGUUGCUCAAGGCAAGAUAGUAUGAGAAGCAGCAAUGCGAUAAUGAUAGGUAAUGCUGAAAAGAAAACGCGCGAUGAUGAUUGACAAAAUAUAAUUUAGUCAGAUAAUAAACUCUGACUAUUUUUUUGCAUAGUGUGUUUGAAGGAUCAGUAUACCAUUACUCAUAAGCUUAAAACAUGUGCCAAUGCAAAGUAACUUUAACGAAUAAAAUAAAACAUCUAAAUACUAUUCUUGCAAGCAUGCGUUGAGGUGGAGGUUGCGGUACAAAGCGGUGAUAGAAAAAAAAAAAAAAGGAUUACACAAAUUGGUUCUUCCUUCUCGAUACUUUGUGACCUUAGUGACGGACGGUCUUGCUUUGAUGGGCUUAAAUAAAGAGGACGGAACAACUAUCUAUGAACAGUAUCCAUGAAAACAAAAAUAUAUUCAUUAGACGUGUUGACAGACUAAAGGUACUGAACUGUGAAGAAAGAUGGAAAGAAUACAGAAAAUUCCUUUAAACUUAUAAUUUUCCAUUAUCUGCGUAAAUACCGAUUAUGGUGCCUUUCAAGCACGUGUAUGCACUAGGGAAGUACUGUCGAUACAAGCUUUUGAUGAAGCAUUACCAGAGCAACAAUGUGAGGAAAGGAUUAUUAUUACAACAAAUAGGUGUAACUUUAUGCCAUGCCUAUUCAGUAAUUUUUUUUUCUCGGGCUUCAUCGUGUUUGUGGACACCUACAUUCACCUAUGCACUGAGACGAGUACAUGUCGGGUAUGAAAUGGAACGGUGCAUUAUCUCCAUAUCGGUCAUGCUGUCCACUGGGCCAAUGACAAUUGUUAUGCCGUGUGAGGAAGAGUUGCCUGAGAGGCACAGCCGGCAGUCUCGAAUCACCCUCACCGCCACCACAAGUGUCUUCACGCAGACCAGUGGUGUCCCACAAUCUUGGGCCAUCUGUAUCGUCAUGAUAUUUUGAUGCCACAAGCAGUUCACGUGUAGGCUACUUAUGUUUGUAUAUUUGUAAGUGUUAAUAAUGGUUGACCAACAACUUUGUUUAGUGUCCUCAAGCUACAAUAAAGUUUCAUAUUUCUUGAUAAGAACGCAGAAUAUCUUGUGCAAUGGUUUCAUGUCAACGUCUAAGCUCUCUAGUGGCCGGCGGCAGACGUGAAUCAGUCUGCAAGUGAACAUGGUAAGUGCGGUAAAGAAGUAAGGAUUUAGAAGAAAAGGUAAGCACAUGCUCACUAUCUACAUUCUUUUUGUCUUCUUUGCCUACCCUCUACUCCUAGCGUACCUUUCCUUUCCCUGCACCACCCACUCUGCGUCCCUUCUGCCGGCCCUGUGCCGCGUGCCUCGCAUUCUGCCGCCAGAUUCAGAGCGGGGCAGAAGUUCGCCGCAACGCUCCGUUCCACGACGCCCAGCAACACGCACGAAAAAGAAGAAAAAAAAAAUUGCUACGUUUCAUAAGUAUAUUUAUUUAUCAUAAUGCAUAUUAUCUAAUAUCUUCUCCCCUGUUUAAUCCGUUAUACUCUUACCUGACCUUUCUUGCCCAUAUUAUCCUUCUUCCCUGCUGCUCCACUGCCACGCGCCUUUCAUUCUACCUCCGGACGCCAAGCAGUGCAGACGUCCGUCGCCACGCUCCGCUCCUCCACUCGCACCAAACAUUAUUUGAUUUCAGUUUUCGGAAGCAGAGUCGGCCUCUCCCUCACCUGGUGAAAUAUCCAUCAUACUUUGGCUUCCUUGCUGUUUACUGAGUGUUCCGAUCUCUUUUCUUUGUAUAACUUGCAGCCAUUUUGCCUGACAC